GGGCCGGGACGGGCCGCGCUGCGGGGGCGCCGCACCCCCGGGCCCCGCCGGCCGCCCCCGCCCCGCUCCAGGGAAGGCAGCGGACGGAGGGAGGCCGCCCCGGCUGGCUCCCCCGGCUCGGUCCCCGUCGGGCGGGGAGCGGCCCUGCGGGAUGUGAAUCCAAAUGGAGCAGUCGGAAGGAGGCGAGCAGAGCCAGCAGCAGCCGCAGCCCUGGGGGAAGCUGAUCCGGCUGGGUGCUGAUGAAGCAGAGCCGCACGUCCUGCUGCUGAAAAGAGAAUGGACCAUUGGGCGGAAGAAAGGCUGUGACUUAUCUUUCCCUGGCAACAAGUUGGUAUCUGGAGAUCACUGUAAAAUCAUAGUGGAUGAAGAGUCUGGUCAAGUGUCAUUGGAAGAUACAAGUACUAAUGGAACAGUAAUUAAUAAAUUGAAAGUGGUUAAGAAGCAGACAUACCCAUUACAAACUGGGGAUGUGAUCUAUGUUGUUUACAGAAAAAAUGAGCCAGAGAACAAUGUUGCUUAUCUUUAUGAAUCCUUAAACACAAAACAUGAUGCAACUCAAGAACCAGUAGAAGUUAAUGUAGAAAACCAAUGCCAUGUGACCAAAGAUACCUCAAGUACAGGAAGAAGUAAUGAUGAGACCCAAAUUACCUCAUCACUGUCAGCUACUCAGACUUGCUAUGAGGAACCACAGCCAUCUACUUCUACAUCAAACCUCUUUAAUGCUUCUUCUACCUCUCCGGUUGAGUCUGCAUCUGUUCAGCAGGAUAAUCCAUCUACAUCUGGAUCACAGUCCUCAGUUGUCACUCCUGUGCCUGCUUUCCCCAUCUUAGAAUCCAUGUGUGUAGGAGCACUGCACGACAAGCAUGAAAAGCUGGAUGUGAAUGCUGAAGCUUCUGCAAUCACUUCAGAAAUCACUGACAAAGAAAAUGCAGAAUCAGAUCCUCAAAGAACAGGGGAGGAGGAAGGUUUGGAACCUGCUAAGAAGAAACUAAAAGGAGAUGAAGAUACUUGUCCAAAUCUUUCACCAGCAGCUCCAAGUGAAUGUAUAAUUAAAAUUGGCUCUGAAGAUGCAAAAACAUCAAAUGUGAAACCAGAUAAGAUGGAAGAGACAUUAACUUGCAUUAUCUGCCAAGAACUGCUGCAUGACUGUGUAAGCUUGCAGCCUUGUAUGCAUACUUUUUGUGCUGCCUGCUACUCAGGAUGGAUGGAAAGAUCUUCUUUAUGUCCAACUUGUCGUUGUCCAGUAGAACGUAUUUGUAAAAAUCACAUAUUGAACAACUUGGUUGAAGCUUAUCUGAUUCAGCAUCCAGAUAAAUGUCGCAAUGAAGAUGAUGUUCGGAGCAUGGAUGCCAGAAACAAAAUUACUCAAGACAUGUUGCAGCCUAAGGUGCGGAGAUCUUUUUCUGAUGAGGAGGGAAGUUCUGAAGAUUUACUGGAAUUGUCUGAUGUAGAUAGUGAAUCCUCAGAUAUCAGUCAACCAUAUAUAGUAUGCAGACAGUGCCCAGGGUACCGAAGACACUCUGUUCCAGCUGUGCCUGGCACAGGCCAGGAGACAGAGGCAGGAGGGAUGCAGGCUCUGGGAGAUGCUCCAUCAACCUCUGCCAACUUCCCUGCAGCUGUUCAGGAAUAUGUGUGUCCUGCUCAAGGAAGUCAUGUAAUAUGCACCUGCUGCUUUCAGCCAAUGCCUGACCGAAGAGCAGAGCGUGAGCAGAAUCCUCAUGUUGCUCCUCAGCAAUGCACAGUUUGUCUGCAGCCCUUCUGUCACUUGUACUGGGGCUGCACUCGCAUGGCGUGUUUUGGCUGCUUGGCACCAUUCUGUGAAAUAAAUCUUGGUGAUAAGUGUUUAGAUGGCGUCCUGAAUAACAACCACUAUGAAUCAGAUAUCCUAAAGGAUUACCUGGCAUCCAGGGGUCUGACAUGGAAGAACAUGUUAAAUGAAAGUCUCUUAGCUCUUCAAAGAGGAGUUUUCAUGUUGUCAGAUUACAGAAUUACUGGGAACACAGUGCUUUGCUACUGUUGUGGCCUUCGCAGCUUUCGAGAACUUGCCUACCAGUACAGGCAGAAUAUUCCUGUUGCUGAAUUGCCAGUGACUGUCACGUCACGUCCUGAUUGCUACUGGGGACGCAACUGUCGAACUCAGGUCAAAGCACAUCACGCCAUGAAAUUCAAUCACAUUUGUGAGCAAACACGAUUCAAGAACUGAAAACUUGUAGUCUGUAGAGAGGGGACAAAAACCUGUUACACUGCUUGUACAGUUUAAAGUUUCAGGGGAUUGCUCAGUUCCCCCAUAGCAGGGAAUCAUUAACUUUUGCAUCAGGUAAGCUGAUGUGAAAUUUUUAAUUUGUAGAAUUUUACAGCUGUACAUGAAUAAGGUAGAUUUUUCUCCAAGGUGGUCCAGCAAGCAUUGCAUUCCAUACUCAUGACUGCAGUGUCCCUGUAUCACUUCAGUGAAGAACACAAAUCACACUCACAAAAACCAGCCAUAUCUUGGGAUGACCUAAGAAUAAGGAGUGUAUUUGCACUACUUGUGAAGAAACUAAGAAAAAUUGUUAGACUUAAAAUAGAGAAGUUUUGUAAAAGUAUCUGAUGGGUAUUUCAAGAGCCAUUAAUAUUUAAGAAGGAAAUUGUCAGUGUAUAUUUGUAACUGCAUUUUGCGGUAGUCCAAUAUUUUGUUGCUACCCAUUGCAUUUGGGCUAGAAACCACAUUAAUAUUCCUUUUUAAAAAAUCCAUCCAAUAAACAGCUGUUUCAACUUAAAGCUUCUACCGUAUGUGCAGUGUUACAGUCGAGGUAGUACAGUUUCCUUUCUUAGUUUAGACAUGUUGAUGUUUUUAUUCACGUGAAAUUACAAAAAGAAUUGCACAGAAAGUUGAAGUUCAUCACAUUUAAAGUUGGGGUAAUACUUGAAGCAGAACAGACUUCUGCUAAUAUUACUUCUAUAGUGUUUUAUAUCAGAAGACCAAACAGUGCUUUUGACAUAGAGCAGCCAGUAAGACACACUGGUUCAUCUUUUUUGUAUUUCUUUUCUGGUUUGAUACCAUGUGCUAAAUAUGUACCUCUGCAAUGCAGCUGUUCUCUAGCAUGCAUACCACUGGUGAAAAUGUAGAAAAAGCUAUCAUUUAGAACAGAAUCUAGCAGCUUUACUGAGAGGAACAAUCUUACAGAAAAUAAGUGAGUUUGGACAAAUUGUAGCAAUAUGGAAACAUUUCUGGUUAGGGAUAGAGAUAGGGAUCAUGAAGGGGCACACUGGUGUCACUAACAUAGGAAAUGUAGAUUUUAUUUUCAUGCCUUCUGCAGAACUCAUUCAGGAAAUGUCCUAAGUGUCAUUAAAAAUAAAGAAAUCCAAACUUUCCCCCUUCCCUGCAAAUUGGUAUGAUCUAAUCUGUUUCAUCAUAAUCUGGUUGCUACUGUUGACAAACCUCGACUGGGACCAAUUUUGUUUUCAUCAUACCUGGAAGAGUGAAGCAGAAUGAGAAGAAAGCAUACAAAGUUACCUCUGUAGAGACCAUGUUGUUUUUAAGUACGCCUUAUUUUAUGAGCAGGGUUUAUACUUGGGUGUUAAAAAGUGUACACACAGUAUCUUGUGAUAUAAUGGAGCACAAAUGAUGCAGCACAUCGUGUCUACUGGUUGCAGUGAAUGAAACAACUAUUUCCAGUAAUGCACAGCUUAAUAUGAAUGCUAAUUAGAAUGAUGUCUUUCUGUUUAGAUUCUUUAUUUUUGAAAAUAGCUGUUGCAAGGAUGGGUCUGUUGACCAUGCCCUUAUGCUAUUAAAAAUACACUUUGGUGUGGACUUCUCUUCCUAAUCUCUGGGCAUUUUCUCCUGUGAGUAGGAUUGAAAUUGGAUCUGGAAUAUUACUUGAAGCUUCUUUUAACAACAAAAGCGUGUUUCUGUCUUUUAGUAUUAUUAACGAUGUUCUGUUGCUUCUGUAUUUGUAUUUUAUGUUUAGAUUUUUUAAUGGUUAUUAUAUCUUCUCAGGACAACCAUUCCCAGCUGGUUUUGAUCUCAUUUUCAUCUCUGGCUGUGCAUGUAGCAAAUUGAGUGCCGUUGUGGAGAUCAAGCCUUUGCACAUUAUAUGCAGAAAUGUGCUUUACAUUCUCAUUCACCACUCCCACACCCCAGAUGGGCUUUCAGCACAGCCUUAUCUCUGUGCUGGUGUUCAAGCCUCUUGUGCUGAAGUUGUUUUGUUGAUCAGGAGUAACUUGCAUUUACUCAAGUUAUGUUUGUGUAGGGGUGUAUUGUGUGGCCAUAAGAAAAAAAAAAAAAAUUGGGAGAAAAAACCCAAACAGCAGAACUCAUGUACUUAACAUCUAAAGUACCUGUGCAGCUGAUGUUCUUCAAAUUCUUUUUUUAAACCCCUCUUCCUUUUCCCUGUCACAGGUAAUUAAUCUGCCUUUCUAUGCAUAUAGGGUUGCGGUAGUGCAAUGGAAUGAAGGGAUUUUUUUGUCAUUUAUAUUGUACCAGGAAGAGAUCAGAAAUUGACUUGCAGAUGGGGAGGGUGAAUAAAUCCUGAUCUUUAUAUGCUCUUAAGUAAGUAAGAGUAUCUGUCAUGGGUAUUACAUACUCUACAUUAGACCUUUUUUAAAUGUAUGGUUACCAGGUGAUAGUUAAUGUGAUAAAUGUAUGAACUAUGCUUGGUGUAAUUGUUUAAAUACUGUAAAGGUGCAGCAUAUUUUUAACCUGUCUAAAGCACAUCCCCACCUCCUUUAUAAGAGAUGUUUGGAAGCUGAGCAUGAAGUGUGGUAGAAUAGAUGUGGAAACCAAGGUGAUUAUGAUAGGAUUUGACAUAGUGGUGAACAAGGUAUAUAGUCUCUCUCUUUGAAAAAAGUUCUUUUAUAAAGAAGGUGGAGAGUAGUUCUUCCAGUUCUCUUUUGUGGUUUAUUUUUUUCCUGAACUAAGAAGUUAUUAAUUAAAAAAAAAAGAAAAAGCUAAUGAAGCUGUCUGUGUUUCUUCUGUGGCAUGAACUCUCACCACAGAAAUGGGUGAAUGCAACAUGUACUAAUACUUGGUCAAGCUGUUAAUUAUUUGAAUGUUGAGAUUUUACAAGCAAAUACCAUCUCUGAAAUUGUAG